AUGGCAGACUCCGAGCGCCUCUCGGCUCCCGGUUGUUGGAUUGCCUGCACCAACUUCUCGCGCACCCGAAAGGGAAUUCUCCUGUUUGCUGAGAUUAUAAUGUGCCUGGUGAUUCUGAUCUGCUUCGGUGUAUCGGUAGGCGCCCAAGUUUACUCUUCACUGUCUGUGGUCGAGAUGAUCCUGGCUGCUAUCUUCUUUGUCAUCUACAUGUGUGACCUGCACACCAAGAUACAGUUCAUCAAUUGGCCCUGGAGUGAUUUCUUCAGAGCACUCAUCGCUGCGAUCCUCUUCCUGAUAACUUCCAUUGUUGUCCUUGUUGAGAAAGGAAACUCCUCCAAAAUCAUCGCUGGGGUAUUUGGCCUAAUCAGUAUGUGCCUCUUUGGCUAUGAUGCGUAUAUCACCUUCCCCUUCCGGCAACAAAGACACACAGCAGCCCCCACUGACCCCGCAGAUGGCCCGGUGUAG